AUGAAUUGUUACUUCAGUUUUCAGAAGAAAGUGGCUGAUUCCCCUGACACAAUACUUAAGAAUGGGUUGAACAAUAGAUACCGUGUGUUGGAAGUCAACGUAAUACAGAGAAACGGAAGUGACCCUGAGAAACGCUUGACAAUCACAGCAUCUCAGUCACUGGAAGAUACAGAACUGUGCAUUCUUAGGAACGGCUGGGAGUCUGUUCCGGUUGUUCCAGGAGACAUCAUUCAUUUAGAAGGGGAGUGUAGCUCUGGUACCUGGAUAAUAAAUGAACAGUCUGGAUACCUAGUUCUUUACCCAGAUCUGCUGCUUUCUGGCACUACGAUAUCAAAUAGUAUUCGAUGCAUGAGAAGAGCAGUGCUGAGUGAAAGGUUUAGGGGCUCCGAGUCUGGUUCACGGCAAACACUCAUUGGUACAAUUCUUCAUGAGAUUUUCCAACAAUCGGUAACAAAUAACUUGGCACAAGAGAAAGUUGAAGAACUAGCACAUAAAAUUGUAUAUGGACAAAAGUAUCUCAAAGAAAUGUAUCAAUUAAAUCUGAAACAAACAGAAAUAAUGCAGGAAGUGGAAGAAUAUUUGCCAUCAUUUUUUAAAUGGGCGGAAGACUUCAUGCACAAUCCAAUGAGCCAAAAUCAAAUGGAACUAAAACUGUCAAGUGGUGAAAAAACAGAUUUAUCUUCUAAGAUAGAGAUUGUAGACAUCUUAGACAUCGAAGAGAAUAUCUGGUCUCCCAGGUUUGGAUUGAAGGGGAAGAUUGAUGUUACAGCCAGGGUGAAAAUCCAUCGCCAGUCUGGAGUACAGUCUAGAAUAAUGCCGUUAGAGCUCAAGUCUGGCAAGGAAUCUAACUCCAUAGAGCACAGAAGUCAGGUUAUUCUGUAUACACUGUUGAAUUUAGAACGGAGAGUAGAUCCUGAAGCUGGAUUUCUUCUUUAUCUUAAAACUGGUACUAUGUACCCUGUUUCUGGAGCUCGCAUGGACCGAAGAGAAUUACUUAAGUUAAGAAACCACGUGGCCUUCUACUUAAUACACAGUACAUAUAAAUCUGCUGUGGCAAGACAGCAAUCACAGCUUUCUGCGUUGCCUCCCGUAAUUGAUGACAGUCAAGCCUGUAAAUAUUGCUCCCAAAUACACAACUGCUUUCUAUACAGCAGAGCUGUAGAAGAAAAGAUGGCCAGUGUGUCUUUUCCUCCUGCUGUGGUACCCAUUAUUGAAAGAGAGACCCAGCACCUGAAACCCUCGCACUUAGAGUAUUUCAGCCUGUGGUAUCUAAUGUUAACCUUGGAGCUGGAAAGUGGAGAGCAUAAAAAGGGAUAUAAAAACAUAUGGAUGAUACCUGCUUCAGAAAGAGAGAAGGCUGGAGAUUGUAUUGGAAACAUGAUCAGAAUUGGUCAAGUGCAGGAAAUUUCUGAGGGACAGUAUCUACAUUUUUUUCAGCGCAAAGAUAGUGCCAUACCUGGAACAAACCUAUUGGUUGGUGAUAGAGUGGUUGUGAGUGGAGAGGAAAAUGGUUUACUUGGUUUGGCUACUGGCUAUGUUAGAGAAGUCAGUGUGACAAAAGUCUCCUGUUUGUUGGGCAGGAAUUUGUCAAAGCUCCCCAAGAACACUGUAUUUAGGUUGGAUCAUGAAGAAGGAGAUUUUGGUGUAGGAGUGCCCUUUGAAAACCUUUCUAAGUUGAUGAAAGAUUCCCCAGUCAGUGAAAGGCUCCGCAACUUGAUAAUUGACUUCCACAAACCACGUUUUAUUCAGCAUUUGAGCUCUGUCCUCCCUCCAGAAGCAAAGGAAACUGUUGCAAGUAUUUUAAAGGGUCUGAAUAAGCCUCAGAAACAAGCAAUGAAACAAGUACUACUUUCAAAAGACUACACACUUAUUGUGGGUAUGCCUGGAACAGGAAAAACUACUACGAUAUGCGCUCUAGUGAGAAUUCUUUCUGCUUGUGGCUUCAGUGUUCUUCUGACUAGCUUUACACACACCGCUGUAGACAAUAUCCUGCUAAAGCUAGCCAAAUUCAAAGUUGGUUUCUUGCGCUUGGGGCGAGCUCAGAAAGUUCAUCCAGAUAUACGGAAAUUUACAGAAGAAGAAAUUUGCAGGUCUAAAUCAAUUAAAUCUGUAACGGAUUUGGAAGAGGUCUAUAACAGUCAGCCAGUGGUAGCAACAUCUUGCAUGGGAGUAAAUCACCCCAUCUUUAUUCAGAAGCAAUUUGAUUUCUGUAUAGUUGAUGAAGCUUCCCAAAUAAGCCAGCUCAUCUGUUUGGGCCCACUAUUCUGCUCCAAAAGGUUUGUGCUGGUAGGGGAUCAUCAGCAGCUGCCUCCACUUGUACUGAAUGCAGAAGCAAGAGAUCUUGGCAUGAGUGAAAGCUUAUUUAAAAGGCUGGAACAAAACCAAAAUGCUGUUGUCCAAUUAACUGUGCAAUACAGAAUGAAUAGUAAAAUUAUGUCACUGAGUAACAUGUUAGUGUAUGAAGGCAAACUGGAAUGUGGCUCAGAGAAGGUGUCAAGUGCCACUGUUGACUUGCCCAACCUAAAAAAGCUGAAUCUGGAGCUUGCAGAUGCUUCAAAAACAUGGUUGAAAGAAGUACUUGAUCCAGGCACACCUGUGUGCUUUCUGAACACAGAGAAGGUCCCAGCACCAGAACAUGCAGAAAAAGGUGGUGUAAGUAAUGUGACAGAAGCUAAACUAGUACUCCUCCUAACAUCCUUAUUUAUUAAGGCUGGCUGUAAGCCUUCAGACAUUGGCAUUAUAUCACCAUACAGGCAUCAAUUAAAAAUGAUCACUGAUUUGAUGGCAAAAUUGAAGGAGAACAGGGUGGAAGUCAACACAGUAGACAAAUACCAAGGAAGAGACAAAAGUAUCAUAAUUGUAUCUUUUGUUAGGAACAGUAAUGAUGAAAAUCUUGGCACCCUCCUGAAGGAUUGGCGACGUCUUAAUGUUGCUAUCACAAGAGCCAAGCACAAACUAAUCAUGGUGGGCUGUGUUCCAUCCCUGUGCCGCUAUCCUCCUCUAGAGAAGCUACUCUGCCAUUUGCAGUCCGAGGCAAUGAUCUUCAGUCUUCCAGCAGGGGCUCAUGAAAGUAUCCACAAGUGUAACAUUUUGUGA